UUAGCUGACCAACAAAGAUUGAGGUGAGGAAUGAGGAUCCUUUUUAUAUCCUUAUCUAUUUUCAUGGCUAGCUAGGCAGCUAGCUCUAGAGUUUUUCUCUAAGCUCGAUCGUCACUGUCGAUCCUCAAGGUAGUCCGAAAGAAAACCAACUUUAAUCUAAGAGUGGUGGAACCGGCAAGCUGUUGCACUCUUAUCCUAAACAAGUAUAGGAGGUCAAGAAAGAACAGGGAACAAAACCAAAAUAUGGCUGUAAACAAUGGUGAUACUGAUACAAUUGAUGUGGAAAACUUGGCAUCUUCGAUACAAGUUACGAUGUCCCAAUAUGGUUUGUUCAUGCCACCUAAGCGUUGCAUCUUCAAAACUCCCAUUGCACUCUACAGGCAUAAUAAUAAAGCUUAUAUCCCUGAUGCAUUUUCAAUUGGGCCUCUCCACCAUGGCCGUCCAAAUUGUCCAAACUUUGAAGCUACAGAAACAAUUAAAGCCAAGUAUUUACAAGGCUUUAUCUCUCGCUUUCAAAAUCCAAUACUGAAAGAUUUAAUCAAUUCCGUCAGUGCUUUAGAGAGAGAGGCUCGUGAAUAUUAUGCUGGACCGAUCGAUUAUAGCCGAGAAGAAUUCGUGAAAAUUUUGGUAAUUGAUGGUUGCUUUAUGAUUGAGCUAUUAUGCAGGAAUGCUUCCAUGAAGCUUAGAGAAGAAAAGGACCCUAUUUUUGGCAUGUCUGCUAUGAUUGAAUUUCUAGCCCAUGACUUGAUAUUGCUAGAAAACCAACUACCUUGGAUGGUUCUUGAUCAUUUGUUCAAAAAGCUAGAAAACCAACUACCUUUAAUGGAUCCUGAUCAUUUGUUCAACAUGAGCCCGGACGGCCGUAAAACCGCUAAGACCCUAAUUGAUCUUGCCAUUGAAUUCUUUGAUAGCAUUUUCAUAUUACCGCCGCCUGAUAGACCUGAUCUUGUUCGAGACAUCCAACAUAUUCCUGACUUGUUUAAAAAAUUGUUGGUUUCAUCAAUUAAAGUAGACCAAGAUCAUAUGCCUUAUGCUACGCUUCUCGACAUGGGCGAAAACGAAUACUCAUCAAUUGAAGGAGAUGAAGAAGAGAAUUCGCGACUAGAAUCGGGACAGCACGUACCUACUGCUAAGCGUCUGAUGGAAGCUGGAAUCAAAUUCAGAAUGAGUGAGUCCAAAAAUAUGUUUGACAUAAGAUUUACAAAUGGUGUCCUCGAAAUUCCUCAAAUAAAGAUUCAUGAGAUCACAGAAACAUUUUUGAGGAAUCUCAUCAGCUUUGAGCAAUGCUACCCCAACAGUGAUAAAAGGAUCACUUCCUAUGCCAUACUCCUGGACAACCUCAUUACCACUGCUAAGGAUGUCGAGAUACUCUCUGAAAAUAAGAUCAUUGAUAACUGGUUGAAUCCAGAGGAUGCCGCCAAAUUCUUCAACGAACUUUACAAUGACACAUGUGUCGAGACAUACUAUUACGAAAAACUUUGCAGGGAAGUGAAUAAAUAUUGUGAAAAGACAUGGAAUAAAUGUCGUGCAGUGCUUGUGGGCAAGUAUUUCAACACUCCAUGGGCUGGUCUUUCGUCAUUGGCUGCUGUUAUCCUUUUGAUCCUCAACUUCGUACAAUCUUGGGAUUCCAUCACAAGUUAGUAUUACAAUAUUUAGAAUUUGCAUGCUAGAGCUAGCUGGAGAUUCUUAUCUCCACAUGUCAUUGAUAAGUGUUAUAUCUCCUAGUUUAGCUAAGACUUGUUAUCUUUAUUAUCGUUUCAUUUCAGUUACUACUCUAGAAUAUUGUACGCUCGUAUUUCUAUUGAAGUGAUGACAAUUGAUUAAUAAAAAAAGCAUGCAAAGUUUUA